AGGGCUGUCACUUCCCACCAAAGCUCGCCUAUCCAGGCCACCGUAGUACCUCAUCCCCUGCUGUGAAGCCCACCCAACGCUAAGUACCGCCAACCACCUACCACCUACCACCACCAUCCGGCCCGAAAGCAAUUGUUUCCCUAUCUGAUGCUCCUCCUGUAUCUCCACCUCCCCCCCCCUUCUCCACCUCCACUCCAGAACCCCCAAAAUUCCCAAGCCAACUACCACCUCACCUUCCUCCCUCUCCUCUCGAUCCCCCACUGCUCUUUUCUCUCCUCUCCCCUCCUCUUCCCUCCUCUCUUUCCGUCUUUGUUCUCCCCUCUUCAAGACUCGCCACUGGUUCAACCCAGCAUCAACCAACGGAGAAUAGUUUCGCGAGCAUCUUAAUUUUUCACCGAUUCCACGACAGAGAAACACCACCGCCAGAGCUUGGUAGUGUAGUUUCCACCUACUCGAUACUGAUUUGGACGUCCAUGCCUUCAGCAUAGUGUGCUCGUUACCCUCGACAUCAUGAUCGCCUCUCUGCUGCCCGCGCGAUUCCGCGGGCCCCAGGACACAAAGGCCAACGCCCAGCCCGGAUGGCUGAACAAAAAUAUCACUCCCCUGCUGCAGGCCCUGUCCCGCAAGGCCUGCAUCCACCCGAUCCACAGCGUUGUCAUCGUUGCCUUCCUCGCCAGCACAACCUACAUGGGCCUGCUCGAGGGCAGCUUGGACGGAUUCCCAUCGGGAGCUGGAAAGGCCGACUGGGGCUCACUGGUGGAGGGCAGCCGACAGCUCUACGUUGGCAAGGACACGGCGUGGAAAUGGCAAGCGCAGGAUGCAGAUGCGCCAAUCCCGAGUGAGGCUGAGCGUCUGGCUCUCCUGACCUUUGUCUUCCCUGGUUCUCUCUCGUCGAGCUCGCCCGAUGCGCCGCUCUCCCACACCGUGCCGCUUCUCAACAACUUGUCUAUUACCGCGCUACCAUCUACGUCGAACCCUCUAGCGUCAAUCUCGCAAGAUAGCACCCUCGCAUUCUCCAUCCCAUAUUCCCAAGCUCCAGAGUUCCUCGCGUCGGCUCAGGAGAUCCCAAAUGUCGACAACGAGGCCGAAGGCUUGGGUGUCCAGGAACAGAAGCUGUGGAUAAUGAAGGCGGCCAGGGCCCCUGGAGCUUCCAAUGGUAGCGUCAGACUCUGGGCUCUUAACGCCUGGUCCAAGUUUGUCGACCUCCUCAAGAACGCCGAGACUUUAGAUAUCUUCAUCAUGGUUUUGGGAUAUAUUGCGAUGCACCUGACUUUCGUCUCUCUAUUCCUCUCUAUGCGCCGUAUGGGAUCCAACUUCUGGCUCGCAACGACAGUCUUGUUCUCGUCUAGCUUCUCGUUCCUCUUCGGCCUCAUCGUCACGACGAAGCUGGGAGUACCAAUCAACAUGGUUCUUCUAUCCGAAGGCCUGCCGUUCCUCGUUGUCACCAUCGGCUUUGAGAAGGCAAUCGUCCUCACCAAGGCCGUCCUCUCCGUCGCCGUUGACAGCCGCAGAGCCCCUGUUCCUAACAGCCCAGGUUCCAGCAACGACGAUAAAGAAGGCACUUCGCCACCAUCUAUCCAGCAUGCUGUCCAGGUCGCGAUCAAGGAGAAGGGAUUCGAGAUUGUCAGGGAUUACGCUAUUGAGAUUGCAAUUUUGAUCGCUGGUGCCGUGUCUGGGGUUCAAGGUGGGCUUCAGCAGUUCUGCUUCCUCGCUGCCUGGAUCCUCUUCUUCGACUGCAUCCUUCUCUUCACCUUCUACACUUCCAUUCUCAGCAUCAAGCUCGAGAUCAACAGGAUCAAGAGACACGUUGCACUCCGGAGAGCUCUCGAGGAUGACGGACUUAGCCAGCGCCUUGCCGAGAAAGUGGCACAGAGCAACGACUGGCCAAGACCAGACGGCGAGGGGUCUGACGGCAAGACUAACAUCUUUGGCCGCAAGGUCAAGGAUACCAGCGUCCCAAAGUUUAAGGUCCUGAUGGUUACUGGAUUUGUUAUUGGCAAUGUUAUCAACAUUGCGACUAUCCCAUUCAGGAGCAGCAAGAACAGCUCGGCUGCUUCGUCCGUCUCUGGCAUUGCUACCCCCAGUUUCAGCGCUCUCGAUCCAUUCAAGGUGGCCUCCAACGGCCUCGACGCUAUCCUCGCGACUGCCAAGCUAAGCGGCCUUCCAACCGUCGUCACCGUUCUAUCGCCCAUCAAGUACUCGCUCGAGUACCCCUCUAUCCACUAUGCAACGCACCAUGGUCAGCAUAGCCCCUACUCCAUCGAGUACGGUGGAUCCGCCAGCGACUACGGAAUGGGCGGCAGAGUCGUCGACAGCCUGCUUAAGAGCCUUGAAGACCCGGUGCUGUCUAAAUGGAUUAUGGUUGCCUUGGUCCUGAGCGUUGUCCUCAACGGUUAUCUCUUCAAUGCCGCAAGAUGGUCCAUCAAGGAACCCGAGACUCUUAUCCUAGCGAAUGAUCCUAUCGCCCUCGAAAAGGCCCAACGCAUCACCGACGACCGUCAGGCCCCAGCUGCUAACCAGUACGACAAUAACUUGCGUCCAACGGAGCGCCUGCCCACGCCAGCCAACACCGAUGAUGAGGGUGAUCUAGUUAUCCUACCAAAGGCCCCUGCUGCUAAUGGCUCAGCUGCUCUACGCCUCACCACUGAACAGAUUGAGAAGAUGCUUCUCCAGAAGCGCGCCCCGGAAUUGGACGACAAGGAACUCAUCGAGCUUUCCCUCUCUGGCAAGCUUCCCGGUUACGCUCUGGAGAGGACCCUCAAGGACACCACCCGCGCAGUUAAGAUCCGCCGUGCCGUUGUUGCACGCACAGCUGCUACAUCUCACACCACCAGCCUUCUCGAGGGCUCCAAGCUGCCAUACGAACACUACAACUGGGACCGCGUCCUCGGAGCAUGCUGCGAGAACGUCAUUGGAUACAUGCCACUGCCCGUCGGCGUGGCCGGACCUAUCGUUAUCGACGGACAAAGCUACUUCCUUCCCAUGGCCACGACCGAGGGUGUCCUCGUCGCCAGUACCAGCCGUGGUGCCAAGGCCAUCAACGCCGGCGGCGGUGCCAUCACCGUACUCACCGGCGACGGCAUGACUCGCGGCCCAUGUAUCGGCUUCGAGACACUCGAGCGCGCCGGCGCCGCCAAGAACUGGCUCGACUCCGAAGCCGGCCAGAAGACCAUGAAGAAGGCAUUCGACUCCACCUCCCGCUUCGCGCGUCUCCAGACCAUGAAGACCGCCAUCGCCGGCACCUACCUCUACAUUCGCUUCAAGACCAGCACGGGUGACGCAAUGGGCAUGAACAUGAUCUCCAAGGGCGUUGAGCACGCGCUGAAGGUGAUGUCGACCGAGAGCGGCUUCGACGACAUGCAAAUCAUCUCCGUCUCCGGCAACUACUGCACGGAUAAGAAGCCAGCGGCUAUCAACUGGAUCGACGGCCGCGGCAAGGGCGUCGUGGCUGAGGCUAUCAUCCCGGCUGAGGUGGUGCGCAAGGUCCUCAAGAGCGAGGUCGACGCGCUGGUCGAGCUGAACAUUAGCAAGAACCUUAUCGGUAGCGCGAUGGCGGGGAGCAUUGGCGGGUUCAAUGCUCACGCUGGUAACAUCGUCACGGCCAUCUUCCUUGCAACUGGUCAGGACCCCGCGCAGAACGUCGAGAGUAGUAAUUGUAUUACUAUUAUGAAGAACCUCCGCGGCAACCUCCAAAUCUCCGUCUCCAUGCCCUCCAUCGAAGUCGGCACCCUCGGCGGCGGCACCAUCCUCGAGCCCCAAGCCGCCAUGCUCGACCUCCUCGGCGUGCGCGGCUCCCACCCCACCAACCCCGGCGACAACGCGCGCAAGCUCGCGCGCAUCGUCGCUGCGGGUGUCCUGGCGGGUGAGCUGUCCCUCUGCUCGGCGCUUGCGGCGGGGCAUCUGGUCCAGAGCCAUAUGGCGCAUAAUCGCUCCGCGCCUGCGACGAGGAGUAGUACACCUGCCCCGGGGGGGGUGGCAACGCCGGUUACGCUGGCGAUGACCGGGGGAAAGAGGUAGGGUGGGGGUGUAUAUGAUAUUGUCGGAGUUUUUCCUGCUGGCGAUGACCGGGGGAAAGAGGUAGGGUGGGGGUGUAUAUGAUAUUGUCGGAGUUUUUCCUGCCGGCGAAGCGUGUAGGCGCGGGGAUUUGGGGGAAACCCUAUGUUGAUACGGUGGUGGUGGUGGUGCGGAGGGCGGCGCAGGAGGCACGGUUGUGUGCCUGAGCGUGCGCGGCGGGGGGGGUUUUUGGAUUUAUAGGGAGGGGGCAACUUCACCCGUUUGAGGGAGAGAGAAAAGGAGAUUAUAUAUUUGAAGGCGAAUGGGGUGGUAGAUUAGAAUAAGAUGUAAUUGAAAUGGGAAAAAGAGAAGAAG